AUGUCCGCCCCUCCGCCAUCAACCGGCUUGCCCGGAACCAUCAUCACCCAGCCCCCGCCCCCAACAACCACCCGCGAGUCCCGCAUCGCGACCCACAGCCACAUUAAAGGUCUCGGUCUCGCAGACGAUGGCACCGCCAUGGAGUCGUCGCAGGGCUUUGUCGGCCAGCGCUCGGCGCGCGAGGCUCUUGGUCUCCACCUGAGCCUGUUGAAGCAGGGAAGGUACUCGGGUCGCCCGCUGUUGCUGGUCGGUCCUCCUGGAACGGGAAAGACCGCUCUCGCCAUCGCCCUCGGCCAGGAGCUUGGCCAGCGCGUGCCGUUCUGCCCGCUUGUUGCGUCCGAGGUGUUCUCGGGUGAAGUGAAGAAGACUGAGGUUCUGAGCAGCUGCUUCCGUCGAGCAAUAGGCCUCCGGAUCAAGGAGACCAAGGAGGUGUACGAGGGCGAGGUGACCGAGCUCACCCCUUCCGAGGCCGAGAACCCUCUGUCUGGCUACGGCAAGACUAUUUCGCACGUGAUUGUGGGACUCAAGACGGUCAAGGGCACCAAGCAGCUGCGACUCGACCCGUCAGUGUACGAGGCGAUCCAGAAAGAGCGCGUCGUUGUCGGCGACGUGAUCUACAUCGAGGCCAACACUGGUGCCGUCAAGCGCGUGGGCCGCUCAGACGCGUACGCGAGCGAGUACGACCUGGAGGCUGAGGAGUACGUCCCCUUGCCAAAGGGCGAUGUCCACAAGCGCAAGGAGCUCGUCCAGGACGUGACCCUCCACGACCUCGACAUGGCCAACGCGCGCCCUCAAGGCGGCCAAGACAUUAUGUCUGUCAUGGGCCAGCUCGUCAAGGGCGGCAGGACCGAGGUCACCGACAAGUUGCGCCAGGAGAUCAACAAGGUCGUCGACAAGUACAUCGAGCAAGGCGUCGCCGAGCUCGUUCCCGGUGUCCUCUUCAUUGACGAGGUCCACAUGCUCGACAUGGAGUGCUUCACCUACCUCAACCGCGCCCUCGAGUCUCCCAUGUCCCCCUACGUUGUCUUUGCCUCCAACCGCGGUGUCUGCACCAUCCGCGGCACCGAGUACGACGGCGCCAUGGGCGAGGGCAUCCGCUCGCCCCACGGCAUCCCCGUCGACCUGCUUGACAGGUGCAUGAUCGUCAAGACCGAGCCGUACUCGCGCAAUGAGAUCCGCACCGUCCUCGAGACCCGCUGCAGGGUGGAGAGCAUCAACGUCGCCCCCGCCGCCUUGGACAAGCUCGCCGACGAGGGCGAGGCCUCGUCGCUCCGCUAUGCCCUCCAGCUCCUCACGCCCGCCGCGAUCCUGUGCAAGACUGCAGGCAGGACAGAGGUCACCGUCGAGGACGUGUCCGAGCUCGGCGACCUCUUCCUCGACACCAAGCGCAGCACCGGCAUCCUCAAGGAGCUUGACGCCGCCGCCAAGAAGUACUAG